AAGGCCAACCAUGUCGGCCCCUUCUCAAGAAUUCCAAGAAAGUGAAUCACUUCAAUACACAGGUGAAUUGUACGAAAAUGAAUUGAAUUCAGAUGAUUUAUACGUAGAUGAAUCCUAUCAAGAUGAAUCAUAUUUAAAUGAGUCAUACCAAGCUGAAUUAUACCUGGACGAACGCCCUGAAGAAUGCCCUAAAGAAUACCCUGAAGAAUGCCCUGAAGAGCACCCUGAAGAACGCCCUGAAGAAUGCCCUAACGAAUCGCGCCCUAAUGAAUCAUCAUCUCAAAGAUAA